AUGGCGAGACAGCUACGAGAGACUCUAGACCCUUCUCCGCGCGCUGGACAGUUACGUCUCGAGGGUCCGCUGAUGAUUCCCGCCAAUUCAACUCCAGCAACAUAUCGUAACAUGGAUGUAAGUACGCUGCAGAAUUGGCUGAACAGAUUACCUGAUGAUUGGAAUUCACCACAGAGCCCUGACGAACUUGUCAUUCAAAAGAGAGGUCGACGUAGGUCUAUAGUUUGGUCUCCUGAUCUUGAUACUUACAAACGACAUAGUUUGUUUAGUUUAAGUUCCAGAGACCGCACACCAGUUAAAAGUCCAUCGACAUCAACAAGAGUAUUGAGGGAUACUGCUAGAAAGAGGCUUUCUCUUAUCGAUACUCGUCAAUCCAGUUUUACUGUACCAGAGAGUAAGAAGACAUCGUUACCUUCUCGAAUGUCAGACACAAAUACAUCGAGAGUACGAUCCAAUAAUAAUUUGGCAAAUGGUUUGCGUGGUCUCAGUCACGAGCAACUCGUGCAAUUGAUUAUGGAACUGGUAUACGCACAAGACGAAGGUACAAUGCGUGAAAACGAGAAGCUUUGCAAUGUCCUUUCCAAGAAGAUGCCAGUUGCGGAUAUUCAGCCGCUGAUAGAAAAAUUAUUUGUCCUGCGACAAAAUAUUUAUGCCAGUCUUGUAUUUAUGUCUAAUUUGACCGAUGAUUCCACGUACAGUUGUGUUUACAUACAUUUGGACGCAUUUCAGAAAGCUCUGAAUGAUCAAGGAAGAAUAUUGCAAGAGUCUCAGCACUGGAUUUCAUUAAUGCGCUAUGCAUUAGAAGCAUGGAAAAUUACUAGGGAAUUACCAGAAUGGGAAAAUCAGGGUUCCCAUAACAUUACACGGAAAUGCUUUAAGAUUUUAUCACAAUUUUGUACUGAAGCUAUAAGAAGAGGGAAUUUUGAAACAUCAGUUCUAAACAUUUACAUUGAAAGUCUCGAAACUAUAGCCGCAGAAUGUGAAGAUUUUCAAAUUUGUCUACAGAUAGCGAAGGAAGCAAAGCACGAGACUUAGACUUUCCUUCUAUGAGAUCACAAACAUGAUAAUUUUAUUUAAAUAUUUUCCAUGUGUGAUAGCCUAAUAUUGACAUGUAUUCGUAUACAGGAUGAUAUUUGCGAUAGGAUUAAUCAAUAUUAACCAGUGAUAGAAAUAACUAGUGAAAUUGUUGCAGACAUAAUUUUGAAAAUUAAAAAUA